GCACGAAAUCUCGAAACCUAAUCUUCCAAACCUCAAACAACCGCACUGACCUCCCACCCGCGCUUCAGGCCUUCAAAAGUUCAGCUAGCCGAACCGAUCGAGCGACGACCUCUAUAUAUACUUGCCGACCUCGCAUUUCAUUUUUGUCAUCCAAGGCAAGAACAGCUAGCAAACCUGAUCAGAGAACCGAGCAGCUAUAGCCAUUAAUUGAGGAGCAAUGGAGUCGGCGAGCGGUGUCAUGAGGUUCUGCUGCUGCGUGUCGAGCCUUCUUCUCCUCUGCUUCCUGCUCCCCUGCGCCCUCGCCGAGGAGCGGUUCUACGAGUUCGUUGUCCAGGAGACGGUAGUGAAGAGGCUGUGCAAGACGCAGAAGAUCAUCACGGUGAACGGGCAGUUCCCGGGGCCGACCAUCGAGGUGCACGACGGCGACACGCUGGCGAUCAGGGCCGUGAACAUGGCGCAGUACAACGUGACGCUCCACUGGCACGGGCUCCGGCAGCUGCGGAACGGGUGGGCCGACGGGCCGGAGUUCGUGACGCAGUGCCCCAUCCGGCCCGGGUCCAGCUACACGUACCGGUACACCAUCCAGGGGCAGGAAGGCACGCUGUGGUGGCACGCGCACAGCUCCUGGCUCCGCGCCACCGUGCACGGCGCGCUCAUCAUCCACCCCAAGAGGGGCCUCCCUUACCCGUUCCCCAAACCAAACAAGGAGUUCCCUGUCCUCCUCGCGGAGUGGUGGAGGAAGGACCCGAUCGCGGUGAUCAGGCAGUCCAUGGUCACCGGCGCGCCGCCCAACAUCUCCGACACGAUCCUCAUCAAUGGACAGCCCGGAGAUUUCCUUGAGUGCUCCAGCCAAGAGACGAGCAUCAUUCCGGUGGUCGCCGGCGAGACGAACCUGCUGCGGAUCAUCAACGCGGCCAUGAACUCGGAGCUCUUCGUGUCCCUCGCGGGCCACAAGAUGACGGUGGUGGCCGCCGACGCCGUGUACACCAGGCCCUUCGAGACCACCGUGGUGCUCCUCGGCCCCGGCCAGACAACCGACGUGCUCGUCACCGCCGACGCCGCCCCCGCCCGCUACUACCUCGCCGCGCGCGUCUACGCUUCCGCCCAGGGCGUCCCCUUCGACAACACCACGGCCACGGCCAUCUUCCAGUACAAGAACGCCGCCGGCUGCCCGACCACCACCAACCCCGCCCUCAACGGCCCAGUGGGCCGUCCUUCCCAACGAUCCUCUGCCCAUCCGGGCCGCGCAGGGCCGGCACCAUUGAUGCCGGCCUUGCCGGCCUUCAACGACACGAACACGGCGACGGCGUUCUCGAAGAGCAUCCGGAGCCCGAGGCCGGUGAAGGUGCCGGGGCCGGUGACGCAGGAGGUGUUCACCACGGUGGGGUUCGGGCUGUUCAACUGCCGGCCUGGCCCGUUCUGCCAGGGGCCCAACAACACCCGGUUCGCGGCGAGCAUGAACAACGUCUCCUUCCAGCUCCCCAACACCGUGUCCCUGCUACAGGCGCACUACCACCACGUCCCGGGCGUCUUCACCGAGGACUUCCCGGCCGUCCCGCCGGUCAUCUUCGACUUCACAUCGCAGAACGUGCCCCGGUCGCUGUGGCAGCCCGUGAAGGGGACCCGGCUGUACCGGGUGAAGUACGGCGCCGUGGUGCAGAUGGUGUUCCAGGACACGGGCAUCUUCGCGGCGGAGGAGCACCCCAUGCACAUCCACGGGUACCACUUCUACGUGCUGGCAACCGGGUUCGGCAACUACGACGCCAGGCGGGACGCCGCCAAGUUCAACAUGGUGGAUCCGCCUAGCCGGAACACCAUCGGCGUGCCCGUCGGCGGGUGGGCCGUGGUGCGGUUCGUGGCGGACAAUCCGGGCGUGUGGCUCGUGCACUGCCACAUCGACGCGCAUCUCACGGGAGGGCUCGGCAUGGCGCUGCUGGUGGAGGACGGCAAGGCCGAGCUCCAGGCCACGGUGCCGCCGCCGCUCGACUUGCCCAUCUGCGGCGUCGACGGCCUGUAGACAGUUCACUGUAGGCAAUUUCCUUGCUUUCUGUACAUGGUGGGAAAACGGGAGAGUGUGUGGGAGUCUGGGAGAGGGGGUGCGUGGUAGUACAUGUUGGGAUGCUAGUAUCUGUUUGCGUUUCGUAUUUGGCAUUUGUAAUUUGGAUUGUGAUUUGAAUUUGUAAAGAAAAGGGAAAGGUUACUUUCGUUAAAAGGGCCUCUUUCUGAUUUCAAGGCA